UCUCCAUCUCCCUCUCUCUCCUCUCUCUCCUCUCUCUCUCCACUUCCUCUCUUUCUCUCUCUCUCUCUCCUCUCCCCCUCUCUAGAUGGAGCCCAAGCGUCUGAAGAAGGACCUAGUAAAGGUGCUGAAGUCCGUGAAGCCUGAGGAUCGUGUUCUGGUCAUAGGGACGUCCAGGAGGCCCUUUGACGCAGACCUCAAGCCCUUCUGUAAAGUCUAUAGGAAGAUCAUCCUCAUCCCCAGACCUGACUAUGCCUCCAGACUGGUGCUGUGGAGGGAGCUGCUGUGUGGUGGCGGUGCUCGCCUCACCCCCAGCCUGGACCUGAGCUCCCUGGCCAAGGUGACAGACGGCUACACCCAGGGCCACAUCCUGCAGGCUGUGAGGCUGGUGCUGACCCCUCGCAGGCUGGCCCAGCAGACUACCAGACCACUGACCGCUGAAGAGUUCAUCCCUCCACUGGCCAGACAGGACCCCGUUUACAAAGAGGAGGAGGAGGCCUUUAAGAUGUGGUACGGCAAGACACCUUUGGGUAAGAAGAGGGCACGGGCGGCCAAGGCCAUCGAGGAGGAGGGAGAGUCGGGCAAGGACAAAGACAAGCGGGGCAGUGGGAAGAAGACAGGGAAAGAAGAGAAAAGCAAGAAGAAAAAUAAGUAAAUGCCAAAGACAAAAGAUAUACGUCGUCAACAUUGGGGAGGUAUACAGAUAGGGACUUUCAGGGGAUGUGAUUUACAUUCCUACUUCUUAGAUAUGAUGGACGAUACAUUUACUACCAGUCUAUGACUGGACAUGUCAUGACAACAGUAUAACGGUAACAGUCAAUCAUGUUAUGAUCAUAAUGAAAAAGGUAACUGUUUAUCUUGUAUGAGACCAGAUAUAAAAUAUGUAAAAUAAAUCAUUGUUAUCGCAGUGUAAAUAUUUAA